CUGGCCUUCCACCGACUAGAGAUCAACGACCUCACCGGCGGCAUGCAGCCGAUGCGCCUCAAGCGGUAUCCGCAUAUCACGCUCAUCUGCAACGGAGAGAUCUACAAUGCGUUCGCUCUGCGCGAUGCUCACGGGUUCGAGUUCGAGUCUCGCUGCGACGUGGAGGUCAUCGUCCACUUGUACGAGAAAUUCGGCGCAGAAGAGACGGCCAGAAUGCUGGACGGCAUCUUUGCCUUUGCACUGGUGGACACGAAACGACGACUGCUGCACUUGGGUCGUGACGUGUUCGGAGUUCUCCCCAUGUUCACGUUCUCCUCGGAAGGUGUCCUGGGUCUCUGUUCAGAGGUGAAGGGACUCCAGUCUGCUGCCAUCAACAGCAAAGACGCCGAUAUCUCCCCAUUCCCUCCAGGACAUGUGAGGACUUACGAGCUCGGGAUGCAGGGGCAGACCUCGCUUGUCUCAGAGAGACGGUUUGUCUCCAUCGGAGGUUCAGACCCAGUGAGAGAGAAGGGGAUGACCCUGUCGUCAGAUGUCCAGGCCAACGUGAGGAAGCUGCUAAAGGAGGCGGUGAGGAAGAGGUUGAUGACAGAGAGACCGAUCGGGUGUCUGCUGUCAGGAGGACUGGACUCCAGUCUGGUGGCUGCUCUGGUAGUGGAGUCCAUCAGAGAGACCAGUAAUGACUGCAUACAUAAGAAUUACCCAGUCCAGACAUUCUGUAUUGGGAUGGAAGGGUCACCAGAUGUGGAACAUGCGAGAAUGGUGGCACAGCACCUCAACACGGAGCACCACGAGAUAUUCUUCACUCCGGAGGAGGGAUUCCAGGCUAUUCGCGACGUCAUAUACACCCUGGAAAUCUAUGACAUCCUCACUCUCCGGUGUGCUGUCGGGAUGUACCUGGUGGCCAAGUACAUCAAGGAAAACACCAACACAACCGUCCUUUUCUCAGGUGAAGGGGCAGAUGAACUGUGUCAGGGAUACAUCUACUUCCACAAGGCACCGACACCGGAAGAAGCAGACAGAGAUUCUCGUCGGAUUCUGCAGGAACUCUACCUUUAUGACAAUGUCAGAGCUGACCGCUCGGUGGCUGCGCAUGGUCUGGAGCUCCGAGUCCCCUUCCUGGACAAGUUCUUCACGUCCUACUACCUCUCCCUCUCCCCCGAAGAGAGACAUCCUCGAGAAAGCAUCGAAAAGUACCUCCUGAGAAAGUCUUUCAGCGAUAGAGGGAUUUUGCCCGAUGCCAUUCUCUGGCGUCCCAAGGAGAUCAGUGACAUUAUGCUCUCUGAGGCAGGAAAGCGAUUCAAAGGGGUGGUCCCUGCUACUAAAGAGACCUAUUACUAUCGUCAGGUGUUUGAAGAGCUGACCAGUCGACUUGGGAACAAAAUGUGUGGGAUCUGGGCGCUGUUUGGUGUGUCUGACGAGAGCGUUCUUCACACAGCCGUCGGGGAAUGCUUCAAAGUCGCUCGCCGCGGACCGGACGCCACUCGCAUAGAGACGGUGAAAGACCUUCCCCACUCGGUUCUGGCCUUCCACCGACUAGAGAUCAACGACUCCGCAGGCGGCAUGCAGCCGAUGCGCCUCAAGCGGUAUCCGCAUAUCACGCUCAUCUGCAACGGAGAGAUCUACAAUGCGUUCGCUCUGCGCGAUGCUCACGGGUUCGAGUUCGAGUCUCGCUGCGACGUGGAGGUCAUCGUCCACUUGUACGAGAAAUUCGGCGCAGAAGAGACGGCCAGAAUGCUGGACGGCAUCUUUGCCUUUGCACUGGGCCAGACCUCGCUUGUCUCAGAGAGACGGUUUGUCUCCAUCGGAGGUUCAGACCCAGUGAGAGAGAAGGGGAUGACCCUGUCGUCAGACGUCCAGGCCAACGUGAGGAAGCUGCUAAAGGAGGCGGUGAGGAAGAGGUUGAUGACAGAGAGACGGAUCGGGUGUCUGCUGUCAGGAGGACUGGACUCCAGUCUGGUGGCUGCUCUGGUAGUGGAGUCCAUCAGAGAGACCAGAAAUGGAUUUGUGCACAAGGGAUGCCCGUAA